AUGGGACAAAGUCGUCAGGUGCUGGAUGUGUUUGCUGAUCAAAGUAUACUGGUCACUGGAGCAAGUGGCUUUCUUGGCAAAGUUCUAAUCGAGAAAUUAUUAUAUUCAGUCCAUUCAGUUAAAAAUAUUUAUCUCUUAAUUCGUCCUAAGAAUGGGAUUGGUCCAAAACAACGAAUGGAUACAAUUAUCCAGGGUCCAUUAUUCAAUCGACUACGUCGACAAAAUCCAGGAGUGUUCUCUAAAUUGGUCCCAGUUGGUGGUGACAUUAUGGAAGAAGGUUUAGGUCUUAAUCAACUGGAUAUGCAGACAAUUUGUGAUAAGGUUUCUAUCGCAUUUCACUGUGCGGCAACUGUCAAAUUUGAUGAAGCUCUACGAAUAUCAGUAGAAAUGAAUGUACUUGGGACACAACGGCUUGUCGCUCUUUGUCAUAUGAUGAAAAAUCUUCGUGUAUUGGUUCACGUUAGUACAGCAUAUGCAAAUUGCGACAAAUCGGAAAUAUUAGAAAUAGUUUAUCCACCGCCUAUGCCACCAAAUAAGCUCUUUGAGGCGAUUGAUUGGAUGGAUGAUGUGGUGAUUGAUGCUAUUACGCCUCAUUUGCUUGGUAAACGACCGAAUACUUACACCCUAACCAAAGCUCUUGCUGAAGUACAAUUGAUGGAAGAUGCUAGGCGGUUACCAGUUAUAAUUGUGAGACCAUCAAUAAUAGGAGCUAUGUGGGGAGAUCCACUUCCCGGCUGGACAGAUAAUUACAAUGGGCCGACUGGAAUUUUUGCUGCUUGUGGCAAGGGUGUGCUGACAAAUAUGUGUGGGAAUAGCUCAGCCAAAGCAGAUAUUGUACCGGUUGAUAUCGUGUCUAAUUUAAUGAUUGUCGCUGCUGCUCACAGAACCUAUACUGAAUAUGAAACAAUACCGGUGAUACAUUGCUGUUCAGGAGCUUUGAAUCCCGUGCAUUGGGAUUUCAUUGUAAAUUUUAUUCAAUGCUUCUUCCGUGCUUAUCCACUGGACGAAUGUUAUCGCAUCCCAUCAGCUCAUUUUCAUUCCUCCAGAUUUUUAUUUCAUUACAAUUUUUAUAUGAAACAUAUGGGUCCUGCAUAUCUCAUCGAUCUUUUGAGUUCUUUUUGGGGUUCUAAAAUAAGAUUUAUUCGCAUCUACAAUAAAGUUCUGAAACUGGUUGAAACUUUACACUAUUUUACUACGAGAGGUUGGAAUUUUGAUUCAAAAAGUCUUAUACAAUUAUGGGAGGCAACUUCAGAAGAAGACAAAAAGAUUUUCAAUUUUGAUAUUCGACAGCUGAACUGGGACUCAUAUCUUUUUGAUUAUCUCAUGGGUGUUAAACGAUACGUUGUAAAAGAUAGUCUGGAGGAGAUUCCCAAAGCAAAACGAAAUCUUUCUUGGUUGAAGUUGUAUUCUGCUCUCUUCAAUGCUUUUAUGUGGUGGAUUUCCAUGCGAAUAUUUGCAAGGCAUAGGUCUAGAAGAUGUCGUUGGUUUAGUGGAAGCAUCGGUUUUCUACUCACAUAUAUUUGGUCUAAUUAUAAUUUUCGUUCUCCAGUUCGUUUGAAAAGCUUAGAAGAGUACAGGCAGAGGGCAAACAUUUAUGAAUAA